CCGGAUUUGAAUGUAACCCCACGGUCCUUCAGGUCCUUCAGGUCCUUCAGGUCCUUCAUCCAUGAUUCAGCCGCCACCAUCCAAUCCAUCCAUCCUGCCGUGGAUCCCGACAUUGAAUCCAGGUCCAACUGUUCAACUGUCCAACUGGUACCGACCUAUCGGGAGUGAGAGGGAUCCCGCGAGUGCCUCAUAGUUACCCACACCCCGGACGGAGCGGGCCAGCCAGCCUUUCCAGCUCUCAGCCAUCCUGCUGCCCUCUUUGUCAUCCGUCCAGACGGUCCAGACAUACAUGGAGACCCCCGAUCCGACCCUGUUAGCCUCGUCCCACGCUGGCCAGCCCACCGACUGGGCCUGGGACAGCCAGGCAGAUUCAGAUCAGAUUCGCGCUCGAGCGCCGGCCUACUUGACCCAAGUCCAGCGGGUUUUCACCACGCCCGACACGCCGGCCCAAGGAGGGAGCCGACUCUUGCGGGAUUUGGCCCGCCAUGUUUGGCCACACGUCCUAAAAUCGGACCCGCUCCCCGAUAGCCCAUCUUUAGCCUCAGUGCUGGGCGCGGCCUUAAGGGGUGCCCGUGCCAUGUUGGAUCAUUAUCUGAGCUCGGCUUUAAACCGCCUCCAGGACCACCAAGUCGACGACUGUCUGGCUCUAUUAUGGCAGGCCCAGAACAUCUUGGUCGAUGUUCAGCCUCUGAUUGGCACCCCGUUGGCCUCGGGCUCGAUCAUGAGCGCCCCCUUGGGCCUGGCUCCCCUCGUGGUUACUGUCUUCAUCCACUGCGAGCGAGCCCCUGAGGCGUAUGCGGGCGCUUGGAACACCGCGGAAAGCGCCUUGCGGCAACUCUUUGUCGCCGCCAAACGUCUUUGGACCAUCUGGCUCCAGUCAUUGCCCGCCUGGACCCUGACAGGCCCAGAGGCUGACCCUCCAGCCAUGGAUCAUUUGUCACGUCUGGUCGCCCAGGUGGCCCAAUGCGCUCAGCUCAUGCUGCCCUUGGAUUUCAUUACUUUUGGCAAAACCGUGUCGGUCAUGAUGGAGCUCACGCAGCGCCUACCCCCGCCCCUCUGCGCCCCUGAAGAUGUGUUGGCUCUUUGGCCGAAAUUGGCGGGACAAGCCAGUCAGCUCGUCACUCAGGUGGCGGCCUUCGUAGCUGAUCCCGGGCCUAAAUGUCCCGAGUUGACCAUGGUCAUUUUUGCCUUCAAAGUCAUUGACAAACUAGCCACGUUAUUUCACGGUCAAUGGGGUGGUAAUUUUGAAGCGAUCGUCGCGCUCAUCGCCGAUUGUAUCACUCUGCGCGUUUCCAGCGUCCGUCCUUUACCCAAUGCCGAGAAGCAGAAACUGGCCGUGGAUUUGCCCGGCUGGAUUCAGUCGGCUCUGAAGAGUUUGAUGCACGAUCCCGAUUUCGUCCGGUGCAUGAUCGCGGGUCCUCCAUUGGCGAGUAAGGGCGGCGUGUUCUUUAAUUACCUACUCGUGGGCGCUGAGAUACUCCUCUUAAUGGCUCAAAUCGAGGAAGACGCCCGACCCGCCUGGUUCACUGACGAAAACACCAAUCUGUUGAACUCGUGGUUGACAUGGUCCAACUUGUGCGGCGAGUCAUUUGAAAAACUUCACGAUUUUUCGCCGUUCAAUGCCCCUUCACGCAGUCCAACAGGCGAGGCAUCCACCGAAUCAGUCUAUGUCCACGUGCUUCUCCGAGUCCAAUCUUUCAUCACAACCAUGACAGAGCGAGAGUUUCGAGUCGUGGAAAGCGUUUUGAUGCAUACCAUCCUAAACACGAGCCCAGUCCAGUCAAAUUUGGACCAGUAUUGGAAAAUCAGGCUGACCCUGGACAUCUGGAGCUUCCUUGUUCGAUUUGCUCCUCCAGAUAUUUGCCAAAGCCACGUGUGCCUUUUACUCGAGAUCGCCCUUAACAGCCAGUUCCACACCUUUCCCAUGGUUCCAAUGACUGUGCGGCGAUUGGGGGCGUUUCUCAAUAGAAAAGCAAUAAAUGAGUUGGAAGGAGAGUACGCCCUCGCCAAGGACCCACGACACUUAAUCGCUCUUCGCUGCCUGCCCAACUUAUCCACCAAAGUGCGAUCGUCGAUCUUAGACGCCAGUCUCGCCGUUUUGGACCAUGCUCAAUCCUAUUGCACGAGUUUGUCGCAAUUCGAGUUGUUGCUCUCGGCUUUGGCCAUUGUAAGUGAGUGUGAUGAGAAGACCCACCUGGAAAUCGAGUGCCUGUGUCUUAAAGUGAUUCAGCACUUCAACGCCUCCCCACCGGCUUUUGAUUCGCCCGGUCAUGUAAAUUUUUUCAUUGCGGCGUUAUAUCGACUCUUGGAACGAUAUUGGAGCCAGAUGAAUGAGAAAGAUCCUCAAAUGGAUGUAACACGGCUGUCCCCAUGCUUUUACCAAAUCAAGACGAUGGUGGAUCAAAAUUCGUUCAAAUUUGAUAGGUUUGCCAACGUAAGUUCGCAUUUCAAAUCCAGCACCAUUAGCGGGUGCAUUCCUAUGGGAGAGAAACCAACUCCUGCCAAGAAAUCCUUAGAAACAACUGCUUCCAAUCAAGAUGAGUAUGAUCUAUCCUCCUUGGUUCAAGAAUGUCAACGUUUCAUUCAAAUGGUCAAGCCAGCAAUCAAUUCGGGACAAGUCAUGGAUAACUCGGAAACACGGUUACUCAUUGAGGACGCACUCAGAACCGUGGAAACUUGUGCCCAAGGAUUAAAGCAAUGUGACGAUAAACACAACUAAUAUAUUAUAGAAGCCACCAUAGCUUGCUCAACAACCCUUCGACGACGAGACCUAUUAUUUCAGGAGGAUCACAGGCUCGAAAAACAAGUGUUGCCAAUGUUCCUUCGUAAUGUGGCAAGGUAAAUUGUAGGUUUGGAAUAUGGAGGACGGGUAAGGGAUUGACAUUCAGGGCACACGAUAAAAUUGUAUGAAGAGUCGAAGUACUCUCGGUACUGAAGCAUCGUUGGCUCUAAGGUUGAUUUAGGAAGCAAUCCUCAAGUUAUUGAGAAGCCAAUAAAUGCAUUCCACCGACUUUA